ACAGGUGACCUGAUGAGCGGAGUGUCAGUGGCGUGUCUGCACUUCCCCCAAGGUCUCGCCUACGGGCUCCUGGCCUCGCUGACUCCCGUGCAAGGCCUCUACACCUGCUUUUUCCCCGUACUCUUCUACUCAGUGUUCGGAUCAUGUCAGCACAUGGCAUUCGGCACGGACUCCGUUAUUGCCUUGGUAACCGCCGAAGUGGUCGAGACUCAGGUCAAAGCCAAAUUUGGUGACAUGGCGGCGAAGGGGAGUUUAAGUGGUAACCAGACGGUUUUAACUAAACAUGAGUUGAUGGCGUAUAAAGUUCAGAUUGCUGCAACGUGCACGUUCGUUUGUGGAGGAAUUUUAUUAAUAAUGGGAAUACUGAGGAUGGGAUUCAUCACGAGGUUCCAGUCGAAAUCAUUUAUAGGCGGGUUUACAACUGCAGCGGCCUUUCAUAUUUUCUCCAGUCAAGUACCGAAGGCGCUAGGGAUUGAGGUUCCACUUGUCAAGGGAAUAGGGAAGGUUAUGGUCCUCUACAAACUUGUCUUUGAAAGAGUGCACUUGGCAAACGUUGCAUCGGUUAUAAUUGUCGUAAUUUGUACCGCUUUCAUUGUCUUUCUGAAAGACUUUGUGAACACAAAGUAUAAAGCAAAACUUAAAGUCCCAAUACCGGCAGACUUAUUGGCAAUAAUAAUUGCCACAGUUAUUUCUAAGCUGUGCAGCCUGUACAAGUUUAAUGUUGAAAUGGUAGGAGAGAUUCCUACAGGAGUCCCCCAGCCGGUCUUGCCUGAUCUCAGCAUGCUAGGUACAAUCCUUCCUGGGUGCAUUGAAAUGUCUCUGCUGAUAUUCUUUUUAAGCAUCGCCAUGGUUAAGGUUUGCUCCGAGCGACAUGAGUACGAGGUGAACGACAACCAAGAGUUACUUGGCUAUGGAAUGACGAACAUCGCGUGCGGGUUCUUUCCCUGUUACCCCGCCAACACGUCUCCGCCGCGCAACAUGAUUCUAAGCUCCAUGGGUGCGAACACUACACUGAACGGAUUGUUUACUUCCGGUGUGUUACUGCUUGUGCUUUUCGUGCUUGGUGAAUCGGAGAAGCACCACGGUCAGGUGGAAUGUAAGGUUAACAAAGAUCUCCAAAACAUGGACAACCAGACAGAGGAACAGGCACAUGUGCACAUAGUGGACACAAACAACGACACACGCAUAAAAGUGAUCAUUCUAGACUGCACAUGUAUGGGUUAUAUCGAUAGCCAGGGCAUCAGUACUCUGUCCGUGGUGUUCGAGGAGUAUCGGCGGGUAGGUGUCACGGUCCUUCUGGCCGGAUGUACGCCGUUUGUCUGGGCCGCCCUCAACCGCUCAGACUUCUUCACCGUCGUGUCCAAGGAGCGGGCCUUCUGGAAGGUCGAGGACGCCUACCAGGCUGCACUCUCAUUGGUCAACUGA